AUGGCUUGGAGGCAGUGCACGAGACAUCGUAACGAAGCAGUUUCGCUCAUUAGGAAGGGUAAAAGGGACUUUGAGUUGAAACUAGCCAGCCGAGCCAAAAGAGAGCCGAAACGCUGCUACAGCUACGCUCAAGCCAGGGGUCCCAAUAAAAGGAUGAUGGGACCUCUACAAUUGGAAGGUAGGACCGUCACCGAAGACCAGGAAAAAGUAGACGCCUUUUGCACAUACUUCAGUAGUGUGCAUCUAGUAGAUCACGACGAUCUGGCACUACCGGAUCUCGUCCCCUCAUCAGAGGAAAUGGAGAAUAUGUAUGUGUCAUUAGAAGUGGUUCGUCGGAUAUUAGCGGAGCUGAACGUAAAUGAUGUCAAGAUCGUGGGAUCAGCCAGUCGGCAGGAAUUGCAGGAUGACCUGCGCACAGCAACGGAAUGA